CCCCCCAGUGCGACCCCCAUGCGAGGUUGAACGGCUGCCAAGGCUUUGCAAAUGAUAAUACGCCCUCACUUCCCCUCCAACCACAACCACAGCUCCCUGCUACCAUCGCAACUCUCUACUCUCACAACUCUCACAACUCUCCUCCUCCCACGACCACCUCACCUCACCUCACCCUAUCCUACACCCUAUCUACCUCGUUCCCAUAUCGACCUCGUCCCUCUUCUUCUACCAUCGCCAAACAUCCGGGACUUUUCUCUUCGAUAUCAUUCUUUCCAGACGGAACGGCGACCUCCUCAGCUCCCAUAACUAGCAAUACUCCGUUUCCAUUGUCCAGAGGAUAUAACUUGAUUGGCCGUUUCUUUCUGUUUGACUUUUGAUCUUGAGGACCUUCUAGCCAUCACAUCUCAUCCACGAGAUUUCUAAUUUUUGGAUUCCAUUUUUUGCCAUGUUCAGUGCGACCACAACCCCGUUAUCACCUCCAGCAUCUCCUCCCCCGGGAUCAGCAUCGUCACAAUUCCAAGGUCCAUUUGCUCGUCCAUACUUCAAGGCCCUUCCCACCCCUCCACAGUCCCAGGCCCCAGGGCUCAAGGCUCGACACGCACAACCAGCAUCCGCUCCUCAAUUCAAGCUUCCCCCUACUCCUGAAUCAAGAAUAGGUAGAUUUCUCGGAAAAUCACUGGAGUUGCAUAGUAUAUUAGGUACUGGUGCUUAUGGUGUCGUCUACUCGGCAUUCGACCACAGUUCCCAUUCCUGGUAUGCAGUCAAGGCCUUGAGCAAAACCAACCCAAAUGGAGAGCCUUUGGAUAGAAGACAGCGAGAGUUUCAAUCCAGGGAAAUUCAACUCCACUAUGCCGCAUCAGCACAUCCCAACAUAGUUUCUAUGUUGAAAAUUGUGGAUGAUCCAGAUUGUACCUACGUUAUUUUAGAAUUCUGUCCAGAAGGAGACCUCUUCUCAAACAUCACCGAGAGAGGAACAUACGUGAGUAAUGAUGCUCUUGUCCAAAGGGUUUUCCUGCAGAUCCUCGACGCUGUUGAGCAUUGCCACCGGUUGGGAAUCUAUCACAGGGACUUGAAGCCUGAAAAUAUUUUGGUAUCUCACUCCGGAAGCAAUGUCCUUUUGGCCGAUUUUGGUUUGGCCACUACCGAUGCUCGCUCCGAGGACCACGGUUGCGGAUCGACUUUCUAUAUGAGCCCAGGUAGGCCUUCCCGCAAACCCUAUCCUCUCAGCCCUUCUAACAUGCCCUCUUUUCCUCAGAAUGCCUGGAACAAUCCUCAAGAAAACCAUCAUAUCGAUGUGCACCAAACGACGUCUGGUCCCUUGGAGUCAUCCUGGUCAACCUAACGUGUGGCCGUAACCCAUGGAAGCAGGCUUCGGAAGAGGACUCCACAUACCGAGCUUUCAAAAAGGACCCAAACUUUUUGAAGACCAUUUUGCCAGUGUCGAACGAGUUGAACAACCUUCUUGGUAUGAUUUUUGAAAGUAACCCCGAGAAAAGGAUUACCGUCAGCGAACUCAAGAACCUCAUCUUCCAUUGCCCAAGCUUCUCCGCCCCACCACCUCCUCAACCACAGUUCUCAAUGGCGACACCACCUCAGUCACCACAGUCGGCCUACUUUGAUGCGUCCACCGUAUCUUCGAAUGUCUCAUCUGGUUCAUCGAAUCUUUCUUAUGACUCUGAUGAGGGCUCCAUGCUCUCUUCUGGCUCAUCUUCCUCUGAGGACUCGGACUUUUCCACUUGCGAUGGCCCAGCUUCGGACAUCUCGGAAAUGGACCUUGAAUCUCGAGAUUCAUCAGAGAACGACGUUUCAUCUACAACACGACAGGCCGUCCCUUCGCGACGACAAUUGGAUACUACCCAACAAUACGCAUUACCUCCGCAGGAAAUCCAUGGGAACAACUUUGUCAAGCCAUGCUACCAAAAUUGGGCAUAUGAGCAGCAGUAUGACCAGUUUCAUACCGCAUCUCACGUGCAGCCUGCCAUUUUCUACCCCAACCAUCCUACUUUCUUCUCUCCUCAUUACCAACAUGCAUGAGAGGAUUACCCUGUUUCCAGAAUGAGCGGAUCUGAACUCGCCAGUGGUCUUAACACUUUAGCUUGUCCUUUCCGUUUGACUCCAGGAUUCUACGGGACGCCAGUGGUAAACACAGUACACUGGUUCGAUUAUUCGUUAGACAGACCUUGAAGGAUCCUUCCUCGCUCCAAUGGUUGUCUCCCUGCUGGACCUUUUUAAGUCAUCCGCUUCAACCUAUAUGGCCGAGGCUAUGAACAACAAACUUUCCAUCAUGGUCAACAAAAGUACACAAAAAGCCUUUGCAUUUUUCAGUCAAAAAACUCAUGUCGUUAUACUACCAUAUUGUACAAAUUCUUUUCGAUACAUACAAAGCAAGGCGCACUGGAUAUACGAAACAAAAGACCGGCGGAAACAAUUCCUUUUUUUUCUCUUUCGUUCUUUUUUAUAAAACAGAUCUGAUUUAUAUCUAUCUACAUAAUAUAUAUUCUCUCUUUUCUUUGUUACGGCGUUCUGAGCUGGCAUGCUCUGGACAUCUCCUUCAGGCGGAUGAAUGAAUUGCUUUUUUGUCGGGAUUGGGAAAGCAUAUUGCAGCGGAAGAAAACCGCUCGCAUGGAGUUUGGGUUGCUUUUCUUUUGUCUGGGCUGAAAUGAUUGGGAUCUUAGACUUUUUACCUUCACGAUCUCUUUCCAUGAGGGUUGGUGUUUUUGAAUGGUAUACCCCGGGUGUGUGUUGUUGAUUGGUGGGUGGGUGGAUUUGGUUCUGCUGUGUCUGUUUCGAGAGAGAAAGGAAAAGAGAGAAUAUCGCACAUGGGUGGUG